UGGAACACUAAACCCUUCCAGUUUGUGUUGAUCUUACGCCAAGUGCUCACUAUGAAGUUGCCUGCAGCGUUGUUGGCUUUCGCAGCCAUUUUGAUGAUCGGAUUUGUUCCGGGGCUGUCAGCGUGCAAUUUUGGUCUGGGUAGUCGUGUUAAUGGUGAAUAUGUGCUGCACACCAUAACGGUUACAAAGCGGGCAAACGAAGCACCAGAAAACCUAGUCUUACAGCUAGACUAUAAAGCUAGCCCACUGCUCAACCAGCAGAUUACCUACAGCAGCAUCCAGACGGCAUCAACGACUGCCUGCCGGUUUUCCUAUCCAGCGGAAAAUAAUAGCAAACGCGUGCAGGCAACAAUCGAAAGCACUAUACCGAUAUCAGAAUUCAUUGUGACCAUGACCGUGUACGGAUUCAACUGGGGUUAAAGUAACAAAAAAAUACAAAAAACACAUUACCUCUUUUGUUCCGUACAUUCUGCA